GAUCCGAAUCGGAAGUGCUGUUGUAGCUGCGUCGAACGCGGACGGGACAUCUCGCAACAGUUAGCGGGUGCAGGGUGGGAAGGUAAACAACUGUCCGGUUACGCGUUUUGACAGCCAUGGCGACCGACUCCUCCCUCCUCAACUCUGAGCUGGAGUUACAGCAGCAGGAGGAGCUGUAUCAACAGCUGCUGUUACAGACAAUGGGAAAUAAGCAAACGGAAAAUCCAGAAUCAAAAGUAAUCCGACCACAACCUGGCAUGUGUGUGAAGACCGUCUCAGAGCCAGACAAGCAGAAAGUGUUUGUCAACAUUUGUCAGUCCAACUCUGUCCCACAUCCCCCAGAACUCUCAAGAGAGGAGCUCUUGGAGCUGCUCCAAUCUGAGGAUCCCAGUGGCUACAGAGUUCCCAUGACCCUCGGCGAGCCACACACAGAAGUGGACAACAGCUCUCAGGGUUGCACAGCUUAUGAUGUGGUCAUCAACCAGGAUUUCUUCCAGAGAUGCCAGGAGGAUCCCUUGUUCCAGCAGUUUUUUAUCCUGGUGUCUGUGGAGGGUCUGGAGAACAAAUACAACCUAGAGCUAAGUAGAGACUGGAAGGUUCUGAAGAACAGGAAGUUCUUGGGAUCCGUUAGUGAGCAGAACAUCCGAACGAAGAGCAGGCCGGUUAUCCAAGAGCUGCAGCCCCAAGGAAGCUCCGCCGCAGUAGCCAAAAAACCAGAGUUCACUUUGCUUGUGGAGCCGCCUGCUGGUGACCCUGAGUAUCUGAUUGCUGAAAUAAAGCUUCCUGGGGUGCCAUCAUCUCGCUCUCUGGUUCUGGAUGUCGGAGAAGACCGACUUGUGUUGACCGCCCGGCCGUCGCUGUUCCACCUCGACAUCUUCCACCCAUUCCUUGUCGAUCAGGUCAACAGCAUGGCACAGUACAACAAGAGCACCGAGAUCCUCACAGUCACUAUGCCUGUGGUGUCUUCCUGACACUGGAGAGGUUAUGUCCAGUUAUUUAUUCAUUUUUGGGGGGUUAAAGCUCCAGUGUGUAAUUAUUUUACUUUUCUGGCGGCAUCUGGUGGUACAGUUGCAAACCGCAGUUUCCAACAGGGGACACUUUCUGGUGACCCCGGAAGUCGGUGUAGUGAUUUGGUGGAACCGGAGCACAGCACAACAAGAUUUAGCAAACAUGGCGAUUUACAUGGAGGUCGGGUCCAUCUCAUGUAACUAUAUAUAUAUUGGUUCUUUGUUGCAGGUGAAUAUACCUAUAUGAACAGACAAUUAUGACAACAUAUUCAAUUUCUUCUACAUAUUACACACUGUAGCUUUAAAAAAAAAAAAAAAUGAUGUACUAAUAAAAUACUUUUUUUUUUCGAGGCACA